UGCGCGGAUGAGGCUCAUUCGCUUCGUUUCUGAGGAGGAUGGCAAGGCCUACUUGGGAGAGCCAUGGGUGCUUUCAAGGACCUGAGCGUGGACAUAAGCAAGAGCACCAAAGAAAACAAGAACAUCACAGCCCUCACCCUUCAUUCACCAGUCAAAAUUGCUUCGGACGGUGAUCUCCCAUGGAAUGUAAAAGAAACUCAAAGUUCAAAGCAAUUAAACGUCAAAGGCGUGAGCAUGCGCCUUUCAAAUUAAGUCUUGAAGUUCUUAGUGUCCGUGAGCCAAUGCAGCUGCUCACGCCGUUAAACAAGUCUGAGGUUAACACCAUUCGAUGCAUCGGCCUCAUUCAUACGGAUGUUGCGAAGGAGGCAAAACUAGACCUUCCGGAUCGCAUCACCCUGCUCCACAAGCCACGGACUAUCGCUAGCAUCAGUGAUCAUUCGCAAAUUCGUCCAGGGCGACCAAUCUUCCUACGAGAGUCGCCCUGUGGCAGUAUUCGCGAAGACUGCAAAUCACUGUGGGAUGAGUACACAAACGCCUUCAUUCGCUGACAAGAACAGUUCUGCCAAUUCAGAGGCAAGGAUGUGAGCGAGACCUAGGCGCUGGAUUAUAUGCUAAACUACACGGCGUCAAACGCCAUACCUACGCGAAAAGUGCAAUUUGAAACUUCGCAGUGGCCCAGGUCGAAACGAUUUUAUCAUGCAUGGUAUGUUCGUCAGGUACUCACGUCUUGUGCCGAA